AUGAUUUCAUUAGCAUACCUUCCUCCUGCAGCCGCCAAAAUCACUCCAGAGGACCUCGAUAGACACAACAACACGGACGGGCCACAGCUCAUGGGUGCUGGCGUCAAUGCGCGCGCAUUUGCAUGGGACCACGAGGCCCCACCCGAUAACAGAGGCGAUGCCGUUGUGCAAUGGUGUAUUGGCAAUGAAUUUCUUGUUGCCAACACUGAAAACCGCACACGGCAUACCGAUAAGAAUAGAGGCCCCGCGCCAGAUGUAACGCUGGCAAAGGAAUGCGCAGUGACAGAUUGGGCAGCGCGGCCCGCCCCUGACAGCGACCGCCACAGCACCACUUAUGCUGCCCAGGUGGGGGAGGAAGGCACUCCACUAGAAGUGCCGCGGAUCUACAAAACCUCGCUUGCAUGA